UUGAAGAAGCCAACUGAAAAAUAAAUUGUUUUAAGAAGAAGAAGAAGCAUCAGCGAACGCCAUUGCCACACCUGCUUUCAUACUUAAAUACAUACAUACAUAUGUACAUAUUGGUGGAGUAGCAGCAUAGAGGCCGAGCAGCAACGCUUUAAUAAUUUUCCUAAACAAUUUCAAUUGCAAGAUCGAUAAAAAAAUUCUUCAACUAAUUGUUUGAAAUUUCUGAUAAACGGAAAUUUUGCCUACUAUUUUUUACCAAACGUAAACAAAUAGUGGUAUUUGCAUCGAGGCAAACCGGAAAAAAACACCGCAAACAAAAACUCAACAUCUAUUUUUUAAGUGAUUAAUUUCACUUCUUCAAUUUUAUUCACUUAAUUUUAUUCGUCUCGAUUCAAGCGAGAGAAAAGCCAACAAAAAACCGAACUCAUAGAAUGGUAGAAGGUGAUUCGAUUAAGAAUAAAAGUGAUUCCUAUAAUGUAGAGGCUGGCAUCCAACCAAACUACAAUAACAGCAGAAAUAACUCGAUCGACAAUCGUUCCAUUCUACAGCCCUAUUCGUUGGGCAGUGGCGGCAAGGAUCCCGAAUAUCAAUUUGCAGCAGUCAAUAAGGGUUACGAGACGGACAUUAGCAGCGCUGGCGGCGAUAAGCAUGACGUAGAAAAGGGUAGUGCGGCCGUCAUUGAGGUCACCCACAACGGCGUCGUUCCACACAGCGGCAGCGGCAACGGCAACGGCAACGGCGGUGGCAGCAAUGGCGGAAGUGGCGGCUCAGGCGCCGAUGGCCGCCGCUCCACUGGCAUACGGGCCGGUUUCGAGCAGGCCAUCGAAUUAUGCGGCUAUGGAAAAUUCCAUUAUAUUCUAUUGGCCAUUUGUGGUCUGGUGAGCACCAGUGAAGAAAUGGACGUCAUCUCCAUGUCGUUCAUUCUACCAUCGGCACAAUGUGAUUUGGAUUUGAAUACGAGCACCAAAGGAUGGCUCAAUUCAAUUAUAUUCAUUGGUAUGAUGGUCGGUGCCUACUUCUGGGGCAGCAUCGCCGAUGCGGUCGGACGUAAAAAGGUGCUCAUUGUGAUCUCCUUUAUGAAUGGCUUUUGUAUUGUUGCAUCGUCAUUUUCGCAAACCUACGGAUGGUUUAUGCUGUUUCGCUUUCUCAAUGGCGCGGCUCUCGGCGGCAGCGGUCCAGUCAUUUGGUCGUACUUCGCCGAAUUCCAGCCGAAAGCGAAACGUGGCUCCAUGUUGAGUUUCAUGGCUGCCUUCUGGACCUUUGGUAAUCUCUUUGUUGCCGGCCUUGCAUGGUUGAUCAUUCCCAGCAGCCUUGGCUUCAAAACCGACUUAAUUACAUACAAUUCAUGGCGUAUCUUCUUGAUGGUGUGCGCUCUGCCAUCAUUCGUGGUCGCCUUCCUGCUCUUCUAUUUGCCCGAAUCGCCGAAAUUCCUGCUAACCAAGGGCAAACAAGAAAGGGCCAUGGCCAUAUUCCGUGGCAUCUUCGUGACCAACACACACAAACCGGCAGAACAAUAUCCCGUCAUCGAACUGGACAUCGACGAGAAACUGUUGGCCGAGAUCAAGGAGAAUCAGGCUGGCGUCAAGGGCAAAUACAGUAAAAUGAUGUCGAAUAUGGCCGAUCACAGCAAACAACUGUUCACCUCGCCGAUUCUAAAAUUCACACUCAUCUCCAUUACCAUCAACUUCACCUUUCACAUCGGCUACUACGGCCUGAUGAUGUGGUUCCCAGAGCUGUUCAAUCGCUUCGAAAAGUACAGCGUCGCCUUCCCAGAUCAGCGCGCCGGUGUGUGCACAGUCACCGAUUAUGUGGUGGGUAAGAUAGAGGAAGAAGAUGCCGUCUGCUCAGGGCACAUACCUCAGAGCGUAUUCCAGGAGUCAUUGAUCUCCUUAGCCUCCGCGCUGCCAGCCAACCUGAUCGCCAUUUUGGGCAUGGACUUGCUGGGGCGCAAAUUCUUCCUUAUCUUCGGCACCAUGACUGCUGGCGUGUGCUCGGCUGCCAUGUACUUCGUGUUCAGCUCGACACAGAACCUGAUCGUGACGGCUGUGUUCAGUGGUGCCAUCUCAGCUGCCAAUGCAGCCUUGGACUGUCUCAUUACCGAGGUCUUCCCUACACAUUUGCGCGCCACCGGUGUGGCCAUAUCCAUGGUGGCGGCGCGUAUGGGUGGCAUCAUUGGUAACAUAGUGAUUGCAUCACUACUGGAUCAGUAUUGCCCGGCACCGACGUUCAUUGUGGCCAUCCUAUUGAUGGGUGGCGGUCUCAUGUGUUUGAUGUUGCCCAAUACAACGCGCAAAGAAUUGAAUUAAAAAUGGAUUGGCGAGUAGAGAUUGUGGAGCAAAGCAGAUGGAAGAAGUUAGCGGAGAAUUGUAGCAGAGAUCUGCACGAGUUAGGAUAAAAUAAAUACUCGGAACAAACGAAUUUCGUGGUGGGAUUUAGUUGAGUGGGGAACAAAACGCAUGUACACAUACAAACAGAAAACAAAAACAAAAACAAAA